GUUCGACUUUCUACGCGCUUUGCCUGCGAACGCGACCGCCCGCGGUGUUAGAAAGACAGAAACCAAACGACGCACCUCGAAUUCUCGGACCUUCGGUGUUCCUCGAGCCGUAUCAUCCGCACCCCAACACCUCUCCUAAGGACUUGACCCACUUACUACCCGCUUGACUUGGACUCGACGAACCCGACAUGACGACGCAGAACAUCCCGACGAUCUACGGCGUCGGCGGCCCGGUCGCGCGCAUCCCGGACGACGUGACGAUCCCGCAAUUCUUCUUCGACCAGCACCACGAGCUCAACGGAGAGGCGCUGCACUUGCGCCAGCCGACGUACUUCAUCGACGACGCGACCGGGAGGCAUGUAACAGGGGACGAGGUCCGCGCGCGCGUGCUCGGGCUGGCGAACGCGCUGCACAUACGGUGGAACAUCGGAGACGGUGACGUCGUCUGUAUCUAUGGUCCAAACCAUGUCGACUACUCGACUGUAAUCUGGGCUACCCAUCGGGUCGGGGGCAUCGUCACCGGUGCCAACCCCGCCUACACCGCCGAGGAGCUCGUCUACCAGAUCCAGACCGCCAAAGCGACCGUCCUCUUCGUGCACCCCGACGCGCUCCCGGUCGGCCUCGAGGCCGCGCGCGCAACGGGCAUCCGCGACGACCGCAUCGUCGUCUUCGACGCCGUCCCGGGCGACAAUCACCUCACCGUCACCGACCUCGUCAAGGAGGGCCUCCUCCAGCCAAAGCGCUACGUGGAGCCGCGGCUGAAGCCGGGCGAGGGCCGGACGAAGAUCGCGCUGCUCUGCUUCUCGAGCGGGACGACGGGGCGCGCGAAGGCGGUCAUGAUCCCGCACUACGCGGUGAUCGCGAACUGCAUCCAGAUGAAGCAGUACGCGAACACGCGGGACGCGCCGUAUCCGAACGAGAAGAAACUGUAUCGCUCGGGUGACGUCGCCAUCGCAGUGCUGCCGUUCUAUCAUAUAUACGGCGUCGUCGUCAACCUGCAUUACUAUUUGUUCUGCGGGAUGACGCUCGUCCUCGUACAGAAAUUCAACUUUGAGAACAUGCUCAAAAGUGUCCAGCGUUACAAGAUCGGGCACAUGACCCUCGUCCCGCCCAUGGUCGUCCUCCUCUGCAAGCACCCAGCCGUGAAGAACUACGACCUGAGCAGCGUCAAGCUGCUCACCUGCGGCGCCGCCCCGCUCUCCGCCGAGCUCACCCACCAAGUCGCGAAGCUCCUCCCGCACGCGCACAUCGGGCAGGGGUACGGCAUGACCGAGACCUGCACCACCGUCUCCUUCCCGCAGCUCGACAUGCGCAUCGGCACGCCCGGCUCGGCGGGUCGCCUCAUCCCGGGCACCGCCGUCCGCAUCCUCAAGGCGGACGGCUCGUGGGGCGGUGUUGGGGAGACGGGCCAGCUCGUGGUGAGCGCCCCGAGCGUGACCAUCGGCUACCUGAACAACGAGGAGGCGACGCGGGAGACGUUCAAGGACGGGUGGGUGUACACGGGCGACGAGGGGUACGUGAACGAGAAGAAGGAGCUGUUCAUCAUCGACCGGAUCAAGGAGCUGAUCAAGGUGCGCGGGUUCCAAGUCGCGCCUGCGGAGCUGGAGGGCCACCUGCUCGACCACCCGGACGUCGCGGACGUGUGCGUCGUCGCGGCGCCCGACGACUACAGCGGCGAGCUGCCGUUCGCGUUCGUCGCGCUGCACGAGCGCGUGCGCGCGCAGGUCGCGGCGGACCCGCGGGAGGCGGAGCGCGUCCGCCAGAGCAUUCUCAAGCACGUCGCGGACCACAAGACGCAGUACAAGUGGCUGGCGGGCGUCGAGUUCAUCGACGUCGUGCCGAAGAACCCGAGCGGGAAGCUGCUGCGGCGCGUGCUCCGGGACCGGCUGAAGGAGGGCUUGCAGGCGGGCAGGAUCAAGCUCGUCCAGCCGAAGGAGCGGGCUAAGCUCUGAGGUGGUGGCCUGGUGUUGCAGGACGAGGAGUAGAGUAUGUGUAUAUAGAGUUUGGAGUAUUGCAAUCGGAAUCAUGGGCAUCGACCUAGUGUCGAC